AUGGAGGAGCCCCAGCAGCAGCUGAGCCAGCAGCCCCGCAGGGUGAGGUUCAAGAUCUGCUCAGCCUACAGCGGCCGGGUGCUGAAGCAGGUCUACGAGGACGGGCAGGAGCUGGAGCCCCCGGCCAAGGAGCACUCCAGGCGCUCCCUGCGCCACUGCUUCGAGCCAGAGGAACCCCUGUGCGAGCCCAGGGAGCCACAGAGCAGCUUCUACUGGCCCACAGCCCUGACUGCCCAGAGGAUCAGCAUCCUCCGACAGGACCAGAGCCACGGGCUCACGGGGACUGUGCCCCUGCCCAGCGACUGCCAGCCUGGAGCCAGCCACUGCAGGACUUCUCCAGUUGUAGAUUUUGGCAAGAUCAUCAUCUACACCAAUAACCUGAAAAUCAUCCGUGCCCCGAUGGACCAGAAAGAGCUCAUGAGGAGAAUCAUCCAGACCGAGGGCGUGAACGACUGGACGUUCGUGUACCGGGACAAGAGAGAGCGCUUUGGUGGUGGGCACAAAAUAGAGAGCACGGUCACCUGUGACCAGCACGUGCAGCCUGACAAGGCUAAACACAGCUGCUCUGUGUGCAGAGGCUCGGGCUGUGCCCCCUGCUCGCUGUGCCAUGGAAGCAAGUUCUCCAUGCUGGCAAACCGAUUCCGGGAGUCGUUCCGGGCGCUGCGCUGCCCGGCGUGCGACGAGAGCGGGCGGCAGCGCUGCCGGCUGUGCGCGGCCUGA